CUUCACCGUCCUGGACCCCAGUUUUCUGGUCUGUGAAUGGGAAUUACAGUAACUACCUCACUUGAUAGUUGUGAGGAUUAAAAGACCUGAGAUCAGUCAAGUGCUUAGAAAAAUGUGUAACCUCCUUGCAUAGUUGGGGCUGUCUUAUUUUGAUUAUAGAAUUGCCCCUCCCUUAUCUCUGUCUGCCUGUCCCUCUCUCUCUGUCACACACAGAGACACACACAAGCAUAUACACAGCUAUUCUUUUGACACUUUUCCUUGUCAGAAUCCAGCUACUUGCCUGCAGACCCAGGACCUGUCCUAGCACAACUCACCAGGGAUGCUCAGCACUAUUGAUCCCAGUACCAACUGGAAAGGACACUAUAGUGUCCCAGUACUUUCCUGGCCAUGCCCCACCCGAUCAUCCCCAUGGUUACGGGUGGCCAGUGGUGGAGUGGGAACUGGUGUGUGCCACAGAUGACAGAUGAGUCACCCAGGUGGGAGAGAUAAAAGAACUUGCACUGGGGACCCAGACUAGCUAGUGGUGGGGCUUGACUGUGAGCCUGGUCCUCUCCGUGAGAGACUAAAGUCCUCAGAUGCUGGUGAGAAGGCUCAUCAUGGGGGCUUCUUUCUACCAUCAUUCUGUGGUGCAGUGGGGACUGUCCCUUCUGGAUGUGCAUAAGCCUCGUGUGGGGUAGAACGGAUUUGCCAGAGGAGAGAGAGAUAGAGGCUCUGGACAUCUCCAACUUAACCCCGGGUCCUGAUGUCCUUACUGUAGCCGAACUUCUGCCGUCCCUCAGCCGCUUGUUCCUUGAGAGAACUUUAGUGAGCAUCUACUCAAGGGAUGAAACAAAAGAUAAAUGGGUUUGCGAAUGGGUGUGGGGGAAAUGCAACACACUGGCGCCCGAGAGCAAGAGCAUUCUGGGUAGAGAGAGCAGCAAGCAGAGCCUCAGGCAGGCAGAAAGGUACUGGGGUGUGGUUGAGGAGAUUGCUUAGGGGAAGGAGGUGGGAGAAGGAGCUGAUGGGAAGGAGUGCAAAACCUGGACGCUCCUGGAGAUUUCAGAGUGACUGGCAGAGCCAUGAGCCACCAGAUCCUGCUACUCCUGGCCAUGCUCACCCUGGGCCUGGCUAUCUCUCAGCAUCGAGACCAAAUGCCCUGUAGGACGGUGAACAAGGAAGCCUUGUGCCAGGGCCUUGGCCUUCUUCAGGUCCCCUCAGUGCUCUCAUUGGACAUCCGGGCUCUCUACUUGUCUGGGAACAGGCUGCAGAGCAUCCUGGCCUCUCCCUUGCGUUUCUACGCAGCGCUUCGUCACCUGGACUUAAGUGUCAACGAGAUCAGCUUCCUCCAGCCGGGAGUCUUCCAGGCCCUGCCCCACCUGGAACACCUCAACCUAGCCCACAACCGGCUGGCCAUGGGCAUGGCACUGAGCAGUGGUGGUCUGGGCCGCCUGCCCCUUAUAACCUCCCUGGACCUGUCUGGGAACAGCCUGUAUGGUAGCCUCGUGGAGCAGCUAUUGGGUGAGGCACCGAGCCUGCAAACCCUUUCACUGGCGGAGAACAGCCUCACUCGCCUGGCACGCCACACCUUCUGGGGCAUGCCAGCCCUGGAGCAGCUGGACCUCCACAGCAACAUACUGAUGGACAUUGAGGACGGUGCCUUCGAGGCCCUGCCCCACCUGACCCACCUCAAUCUCUCCAGGAACUCCCUUACCUGCAUCUCGGACUUCAGCCUCCAGCAGCUGCAGGUACUUGACCUGAGCUGCAACAGCAUUGAGGCCUUCCAGACAGCCCCGGAACCCCAGUCCCACUUCCAGCUGGCCUGGCUCGACCUAAGGGAGAACAAGCUGCUCCAACUCCCGGACCUGGCUGCAUUCCCAAGACUCAUCUACCUGAAUGUAUCCAACAACCUCAUUCAGCUCCCUGCAGGGCUGCCCCAGAACAGUGAGGACCUCCAUGCACCCUCUGAGGGCUGGUCAUCCUCUCUACUGUCCAACCCCAGCUGGAAUGCCAGCAUCUAUCCCCUCUCCCAGCUCCUGAACCUUGAUUUGAGUUACAAUGAGAUUGAGCUGGUCCCUGCCAGCUUUCUGGAACAUCUGACCUCCCUGCGCUUCCUCAACCUCAGCAGAAACUGCCUGAGGUCCUUUGAGGCCCAGCGUGUGGGCUCCCUGCCCUGCCUGGUGCUUUUGGACUUGAGCCACAAUGUAUUAGAAGCAUUGCAACUGGGCACCAAAGUUCUGGGGUCCCUGAAAACAUUGCUUCUGCAGGACAAUUCCCUGCAAGAACUGCCACCAUACACCUUUGCCAGCCUGGCCAGCCUGCAGAGCCUCAACCUACAGGAAAACCAGGUCAGUCCCUGUGGGGGACGAGCAGAGCCAGGUCCCCCAGGCUGUGUGGACUUGUCUGGGAUCCCCACCCUUCAUGUUCUGAACAUGGCAGGGAACUCGAUGGAGAUGCUCAGGGCAGGCAGCUUUCUCCACACCCCACUUAUGGAGCUGGACCUCUCUGACAAUCCUGGUUUGGAUGUGGCCGGGGGAGCCUUGGCGGGCCUCGAGGCAUCCUUGGAGGUACUGAAACUUCAAGGCAAUGGAUUGGCUGUCUUGAAGGUGGACUUGCCAUGCUUCCGCCGUCUCAAGCUCCUUAACCUUUCCAAGAACCACCUCAGCCACCUGCCUGCCUGGACACAGGCUGUGUCCCUGGAGGUGCUGGAUCUGCGGAACAACAGCUUCAGCCUCUUGCCAGGCAGUGCCAUGGGUGGCCUGGAGACUAGCCUCCGGCGCCUGUACUUGCAGGGCAAUCCACUCAGCUGCUGCGGCAAUGGCUGGCUGGCGGCUCAGUUACACCAGGGCCUAGUGGACAUGGAUGCUACUCAGGACCUAGUCUGCCGCUUCGGCUCCCAGGAGGAGGUGUCCCUGAGCCAAGUGCGUCCAGAGGAUUGUGAGAAGGGAGGGCUCAAGAGCAUCAACCUCAUCCUCAUCCUCACCUUCACACUGGCCUCCGCCAUCAUCCUCACCACGCUGGCCACCUGCUGCUUCCUCCGCAGGCAGAAGUUCAGCCAACAGUACAAAGCCUAGGUACCCUCUUCCCACUCAGUGUGGAAGCCAGAGGGGCAGAGAAGCUGGGGUCUGACUCAGGUUACACAGUGACCAGGGACUCAGCAUCCUGCAUCCUACCACAUGGACAGGUAGUUGCUUCCUAGGCUGCAUAUGUAGUCCAGCUGUGGAGCCCAAGGUGGGGCGGCUUACAGAGGAUACCAACAGAUCUCCACUGAGUGUCCCUUUCAGGCAAUACCCUUUUAUGGGCACUAGUGAAUGAAGCACAUGCCUAUCCUCCAAGACAGUGACCAUGUAGUGUGAUGGGACUGAGGGGGGGGCCUGGGCCCCCGGGACCUGCAGUCCCCAGCUGGUCAUGGACAGUCCACCCUAGCUGGCUGUGUUUGUGCAAGAGAAGGCCAAGCCCAAGAGAUGAUUUGUCUAAGCUGUUUCCACACAGCUCUGUAACAUCUGCUGAUAAUGACUCUCAGCCUCUCUGGAAAUGAAGAACUUGUGACCGGAAGAGAGAGCUAGAACCUCCCCCAAAGGCUUUGAGUCUCUGGGCUCUUAGGCCAGAUUCUCAAGUUCCAGCUGGACCAGCUUAAAGUGUGAUCACCUGGACUUCCAACCAGGCCCAGGGCGGCCCUCCACCCCAGUGUACUCUCCUGUUACACACACUGACACCAGUGCUGCCUGGAUUCCCAGCCCCCUGCUCGGGCCUCCUUCCAUCCCAGCCCCGCCCUGGCUUUUGAGCCAAGAGGGAGAGCCUAGGCUAUCUGGUUCUGUUUUGCACUCAGCAGCUGCAGAGGCAAAUCCAAGCCAACUCUCAGAGGUUUCUAUGUUAUCUGCAUUACACACAAGAAGAAAACAAGGUUCCUUACGUCUCCUUUGAGAGCCUGGUGGCUGAGAGAGACGCCAAAGCCAAAGACGAAUCAAACCCAUGUCCUCCGAUGCCCACGACCUAAGCCUUGCCAGAGGGUGCAGUGCCUGCAGGCUGUCAAGUGGACAGGAAGUGGCCCUACCCUAACCAGGACCCAAGCAUCCUUGCUGCACUCUCUCCUCUCAGGCAUCCACAGAUCCUCUGCUUCUCCUCCGCAGUCCCGCCCCCGCCCCCACCCCCCGCCCCGUUCAUUUGCAGACCAGUGUGAACUCUCCCUUUCUCAUCUUGCUCCCACAAUCUCAUUCUUCCCCCAUUAAGCAAGCAUAGCUUGGAGUUUGACUCUAUUGAGUGUAAACUCUCCAUUGAACAGAUAAGGAAAACAAAGUUUAGUGCUUGCUCAGAGUCACACAAGCCAAUGGCAGAAACUGCAGGAGAAAGGCAGCUGGACUGUUGCACUGUAGGAGAGCGUUUGCUUUGCAUGCUCAAGACCCUGAGCUAAGUGCCCAGCAGAGCUAAGCGCCCAGAAGAACUAAGUGCCCAGCAGAGCUAAGCGCCCAGAAGAACUAAGUGCCCAGCAGAGCUAAGCGCCCAGAAGAACUAAGUGCCCAGCAGCAGCAUCUGUGUGGUUUCUUAGCCUCGGCAGUCACAGCACAAGACAGUACCCGCUAGCGUGCCUAUCGUCACCAGGCAUGGGAAAUAAUAAGGAAGACCUCCUCAGACUCUCCAUUCUCUAGACCCAUGGGUACGGGAAGAAAAGGGAGCCCUGGGCCCAAACAUAGAACCUGCUCCAUCAGCUUCCCUCUGCCUGACCCACAGUCUGCCAUGGCACUCAGUAAUGUACAAGAAAACUAAAACACCAUUCUCUCUGGCCCAUUUUACAGAUGAGGAAUCUGGAGUCCAGAGAAAGUUAAAGGCUCAGAGAACCAAUGGGCAAAUCCGGGGCUAGAACCCUCACCAGAGCAGCUAGUAGGGUCUAGGUGCUACUGCACACAGCACUCUUUCUCGGCCUGGAGGCCAAGACGUGGCCCCUGUGCCUGAGCUCUGAAAACACUAUAUCAAGCUGCUGUCACCUCCCAUGACUGGCCACUGCCAGGCCCUGGGACCAGCUCUUUGUAUAACUCACAUGAAUGUAUUAAAGUAUAAUUUUGGAGAAA